AUGGCCUCAGAGAAUAUCCGUCCUGAUCUCAUCGACCUCAUCGCCUCCUAUAGUAUCCUCACCUCCCUAUCACCCUGGCUCUCAACCCUCGACCUACACAACCUCAGUUUAACAUCCCGCUCAGCAUAUGCCUACAUCCAUUCCCCCAAGAUAUUUAGUUAUCUAACCCGCCAAUCCCUCUGUGAUGGACACGGUCUCUUAACACGGCAAGCCUACGCAGGUCCAUACUGUUCACUCUCCAAGUUGCCGGGUUCCAAACUGCCCGGAGAGCUGACCAACAGUCCUCAUGGCCAAGGUGACGAAGAAAUCGAGGUACAUUUGUACAACGUCAAGUGCGCCGAGGCAGAUGCUCUACCUUGCCUCAAAUGCGGUGUAAACAUCUGUGAGGAAUGCCGUUUCUAUCCCCGUGCAGCGCCAGCCAACUCCUAUCCGAACCGCCGACCGCAUAUAAUGGGGGGUCUACAGUAUGAUAAUAUUAUGUGUUUGUGCGAAAGGUGUGAUGAAGAGGCGGAAAAUGAAGUGAAGGGGAAGUUUUUGAACGAGAGAUGCGAUUGUGAUAGGUACAAACGAUGGAUUUGUGUAAAGUGUGAGGGCAAAGAAAGAGAAGAGACAAGGGAGUAUUUUGAUGAAAGAACUGAGAUGGAAUGGGAGUGGAUGCAAUAUGGCGUUGACUAUGGCGAUGACUCUGAGCCUUCUAAAACGUUGAAUGAUCACGCUUUUAUACGAGCGUAUUGGUGUAAAUGUGGAAGAGCUGUUUCGCAUCGAACAACCUUUAGAUGCAUCUGGUGUAAAAGACGACAUUUGCGUGAGGAUGAGUGGGAACAGGAACGUUACGAUGUUGAGGCCCAACAUCCGUUCUUUGACGAUAACCCGAAUUACCCAAUCUGGGUAAGCGAUGCAAAUAACAGAUACCCAACUCCUUAUCCGAGACUGGGCUAUCUUGGACGGGAUGGAAUUGGAGAGGUUGGGGUCGAAAGAGCAGACGCCGAUGUCACUGGUGGUUAA